GACUAUGACAGUGGACCCGCCAGAGACAACAGUCAACGUUCCUGCAUCUCUUGAAACCAAAGUAGAGACUGUGGCAGAUUAUGAAACAGAAACGUCAAACAGCUCAGAGGAUAAUACUGAUGAUACUAAUGGUCCUGAUCCUCUUGAAAACUCUGAUGAAAAUUCAGCCUCCAUGAAAUCUACAGAGAGCAAUGAAGAUGAUGUUUCAUUUAAAUACCACUGUGCAAAAUGUAACCUCUCGUUUAAAUUCAAUUGUUGGUAUCAAAGACAUAUGUUAAUCCACAAGUAUGGGACGUUUGCGUGCCAAUAUUGUCCUAAAUUAUAUAAGAGAAAAGACAUACUAAAGGAGCACCAAUACCUACAUUUUGGUGGUCCAAAACAUAAGUGCAAUGAUUGCGGAAAAGAAUUUGGUGAUAAACGAAACUUGAACACUCAUGUAAAAUUAAAACAUGAAGAAUCUCUCAUAAAAUGCCCCAAAUGUGAAAAAAUGUAUUCCGGGAAAAGACAACUACGAUACCACGACAACAGAGUUCAUUCACUCAAAAAACCAUAUAAGUGCAACAAAUGCAAAGAGGCAUUUCCAGUACCAUGCCUGCUUUCGACUCAUCGUAUUAAAAUGAAUCACUGUGACACAUUAAACGAUUAAUGUUGAACAAGAAGGCAAUUAGGCAUCAAUUGAACUUCUUCAGUAGGCUGUUCUAGACUAUAUGUAUAAUUUUAUAUUUCUAUCUAAUAGCUGUAUAUUUUUUUUUUUUCAAGAAUCGUAAUGUAAUGCAUUAAACGAUUCUUUUUUUUUUUUUUUUAUUGUAGAUCAUAUAAUUAAUAAUAUAUACCUAUUUAGUUGUGUUAAAAUAAAUAGACAUAAUAUGUAA